AUGUCACGAAAAACAUUUUUAAUAAACAAGCUUUCUAAUCGUAAAUAUCGUCUAAAUGGUAUUUGGCCUUCAAAUCGUUUACCAAACAAAGGAAAUUUAUGUCAAUCUUUCAACAAUCGUGUAACUUAUACUCCUGAAGAACUCCCACCGAAAGUUGAUCUUCGAAAUGAUAUGACAACGGUAGAAAAUCAAUCAAGUAUUGGUAGUUGUUCAGCUAAUGCCCUAGCAGGAGCAUAUGAAUAUUUAAUAAAGAAACUUCAUGGUGAAAGUAUUGAUAUUAGUCGAUUAUUUAUUUAUUAUAAUAGUCGUGAAAAAGAUCAACCAUCAGAACCAAUUACAGAUUCAGGUUGUUCAAUGACAUCUGCUAUUGAAGCACUUGAAGAACUUGGCACUUGUCUGGAAUCAUUAUGGCCCUAUGAUAUUUCUAAAGUAAAUACACGUCCAAAUGAAGAAGUAUAUACAUCAGCUAAAUCUCAUACAAUAUCACAAGCACUUCAAGUCGAUAUUAAUUUACAUGAAAUGAAAUCAUGUCUUGCUCAAGGUUUUCCUUUUGUAUUUGGACUUCAUCUAUUUACAUCAUUUGACAAAGCAGCUAAAACAGGUGUUGUACCAAUGCCAACUUCUAACGAUCGUAAUCGUCAAUCUGAUGGAAGCCAUGCAUUGGUAGCUGUUGGUUAUAGUGAUCAAUCUCAAUCAUUUAUUGUUCGAAAUUCUUGGGGAGAAGAUUGGGGUGAUCGUGGAUAUUGUUAUAUUCCAUAUGAUUAUCUGACUGAUUCGGAUCUUUGUUUUGACGUAUGGACGAUUCGUAAAGUAUCGAAUAAUGAUUUUGGAAAAGAAAAUUGGGAUUAUAAUGAUGAAAUUGAUUAUCAAAAUAUUGAUAAUUAUAAUUAUGAUGAGGAUAAUAGCGAUGAUUAUCGUACAAUUGAACAAUUUGACGAAAACGAUUUUGAAAUUGAUUCGUUUGAUGAUAGUGCUCGUGGUUAUGUUGAUGAUAACUCAUGGAAUAAAAAUGAUCAAUUUAACUAUGAUGAUAAUCAAGGAGAAUAUGAUCAGUAA